AGUUAGCAGCAGCGGCUAACGUUCAGACGACACGGAGGUAGCCGCCAGGUUAGCCGCGCAGCUAAUCAUGGUGAAUGUAAAGAAACGGAAAGGUCGGGUGGUGAUUGACUCUGACUCCGAAGACAGCGCCAGCGACGACAACUUAGAUCAGGAGCUCUUGUCUUUGGCGAAGAGGAAGAAGGUCGAUUCGGGGGAGCAGGAAGAGCCUGUUAGCAAACCUGCAGCUUCGACAGACUCCGAGACGUCCGAUAGCGACGAUGAGUGGACUGUGGGAGGCACCAAAGGCAAAAAGAAGGUUAAGCAAGGGAAAGGGUCCGAGAAGAAGAACGCCACAAAGAAGAAGGUCAAUAAAGCGACGGCGUCCGGCAGCUCAGAUGGAGACAGCUCAGCAGAGAGCUCCGCACCAGAGGAGGGUGAGGUGUCUGAUUCAGAGAGCAACAGCUCGUCCUCCAGCUCCGACUCAGACUCCUCUGAAGAUGAGGUGUUCAGGGACGGUUACGACGACGACCUGAUGGGAGACGCGGAGGACCGAGCUCGGCUGGAGCAGAUGACAGAGAAGGAGAGAGAGCAAGAGUUGUUCAACAGAAUUGAGAAGAGAGAGGUGCUAAAGAGACGUUUUGAAAUUAAAAAGAAGCUGAAGACGGCAAAGAAGAAGGAGAAAGAGGAGAAGAAAAAGAAACAGGAGGAAGAGCAAGAAAAAAGGAAGCUAUCUCAGGUUCAAGACACGCAAGUGGUCAUGUCACACAACAAGGAGAGACGAUCCAAACGUGACGAAAAACUUGACAAAAAGUCCCAGGCCAUGGAAGAACUCAAAGCUGAACGCGAGAAGAAGAAAAACAAAACAGCGGAACUUCUGGCCAAACGUCAGCCCCUGAAGACGAGUGAGGUUUACUCUGACGAUGAGGAGGAAGAGGAGGAAGACGACGACAAGUCAUCGGUCAAAAGUGACCGGAGUUCACGUUCAUCGUCUUACGAUGAUGACGAAAAGGAAGAAACUCCACCGAAGUCUCAGCCUGUUUCACUACCAGAUGAGCUCAACAGGGUCCGGCUGUCCAGACACAAGCUGGAGCGCUGGUGCCACAUGCCCUUCUUUGCUAAGACAGUGACUGGCUGCUUUGUGAGGAUAGGGAUUGGGAACAGCAGCAGUAAACCAGUUUACAGGGUUGCUGAAAUUGUGGAUGUGGUCGAGACAGCGAAGGUUUACCAGCUUGGAACAACGCGAACAAACAAGGGAUUACAAUUAAGGCAUGGUGGUGACACACGGGUGUUCAGGCUUGAGUUUGUAUCAAAUCAGGAGUUCACAGAAAACGAGUUCAUGAAGUGGAAAGAGGCGAUGAUAGUUGCUGGAAUGCAGGUACCAACUCUUGACGAAAUCACCAAAAAGGAACAGUCCAUCAAAGAAGCUCUAAACUACAAGUUCAAUGACAAAGACAUAGAGGAUAUCGUUAAAGAGAAGGACCGAUUCCGAAAAGCCCCACCUAAUUAUGCUAUGAAGAAAACACAGUUACUCAAAGAUAAGGCCAUGGCAGAGGAGAGUGGAGACGGUGACAAGGUGAAAGUGAUCCAGGAUGAGCUGAACGAACUCGAGGAAAGGGCAGAAGCGCUUGACAGACAGAGGACCAAGAACAUAUCUGCCAUCAGCUACAUCAAUCAGAGGAACAGAAGUUGGAACAUUGUUGAAUCUGAGAAAGCUCUUGUGGCUGAAGGACAAAAUGCCAAAAACCAACAAAUGGACCCUUUCACACGAAGACAGUGCAAACCCACCAUGGUGUCUAAUGCCAGAGACCCGUCAGUCCACGCAGCUAUUCUUGCUCACCUGAACCAGAAGUACGGCUCUGGGUCAGCAUCAGAUCCUUCUGGCGCAGAUAAGAACAAACUG